UGUGUGUGUAUGUGUGUGUGUGUGUGUGUGUGUGUGUGUCCAUACUUAAAUAUGCGGCGUGAGCACAGAGCCCUUAAAGCUGAUUCCUCGCGCGUCGGUGAUGUCAUUUGGGACCACCGAUCGACACAGUAUGUAACAGAAGUCUCCUCAAGCUGAACUCUUCAUGAUAAAGAUGAUGAUGAUGUUGCGGUCAGGGUGGACUCUAAUCUGCCUCCUUCUGUUCAGGGCAGGAAAUUCAGGUGAGGUGACUUUGCAGUGCAGAGUUUCUCCAGCAGGGGCACUGCAUCCUGUACAUGCUCAGCUUGAACGCUUCGAGGCGGGGCCAGGCUGCGCUGCCAGAGAGGGUGGAGCUAAAGAGACUCAUGUGAUCACUGUGGCCAGACCUAACCGCAGCUCAGAGAAACUGGUGACGGUGGUUCUGAAGCCACUGUCGUACUCACAUCCUGUUCAGCGCUCAGUCAUUCUUGUGCUGAGUUCCCAGCAUGCAAUGCACUGGCUUCUACAGAAUGAGGGGCUGCCAGAAAACCUCCAUGUCAUGGUGCAGGUAUCAGCAAACUCCACGCUGGAGAACGGGAGCGUGUCAGCUCGUGUCCAUGCCAUCCCCUCGUUGCCCUGGCGACCUCGUGCCCUCCUGCGCUGGACCCUUCAACGUCAUGCAAGCAUCUCCUCCCUUACACACUCAGCCAGUGCGAAUCGUGUGUACCUUCGGCUCGGAGAGGAUCCCAGCAUGCCGAGCAUGUGUCGCCUGCAGUCUCUUUUUCUCUCUCAUAACUACCUGGCCUCCAAGCUGCAGGAGCAGGAAGUGAACGGCUGCGCUUCCUCUGAGAGACUCUCCAACCCGGAAGUGCACGUCAUCAAGCUGUGGUCUGCAGCCUCCGGACUCUGCGGGUCCAUACAAGUGGAGGUAUCUGUCUCUCUGCUGCCCCCAGUGGCUGAUGCUGGGUGGUGUAACGUAGUAUUAGUCUUGAGCAGUGCCGCUCCUGUAAACUGGGCUUUCGUGACUCCGGGUCUCCGUGGCCACAUCACCGUUUACGCAUCUCACAGUGUGACGCCUCUCUAUCCUCCCAAACCCGACCUCACCAUGAGCAGCACCAUCGUCCCUGACCUCCUCACAAACCCUGACCUGCUUGCCUGGGCCAAUCAAAACGGCUUUUCCUCUGUGACGUCAUAUACAGAAGCUCAUUUUGCCAAUCGGCUUGUGGUCAAGCUGAAAGGGGGCGGGGCAGACACGGUGCAGGCUGUGGAGGAGGCGAAGGUCGAGGAGACGUGGCUGAGGCACUGGCUGUCUCAUGAGCUUGACGCUGGCGUGAGCAGCAGGAAGGUCGUGAACGUGCAGUGUGUGGACGGACGCCUUGCUGUCUCUGUGGAUAAAAAGUCCUUACAGACUCUGACUCUGUCGAUUUCGGCGGUGACCCUGAAGGACCCCUCGUGCCAAGCGAGAUCCAACGGGAGCCAUUUCCUGUUGGCGUUUCCAGUCAUUUCCUGUGGGACCGAAGGAGAGAUGGAGCGACACGGCAGAGAAGUGCAGUACAGAAACACGAUAUUGCUGUGGAGGUCCGAGACUUCGCCGAACUCACAGGAUCGAAUGACAGAAGAGAAAUCAGCCAAUCAGUCAACUCCAUUGGUUAUACAUUUCAGAUGUACAGCUCCUCUUCCCGCUCUCGGGGGCGCGCCUACGCCAAACCCGUCCUCCAGGCCGCGAGGGAUGCUGCGGAGCGGGAAAGACCCCGCCCUCGGCCCCGGUCCCGCCCACGGCCCACCCAGGUUCCCUGGCCAGCACGGUGAUCCUCUGCUCUCCAUGCGUCUGUUUGCCACGGACAGGUUUGAGCAGAGAGCAGUGGGACCAUGCGUGGUGACGGUUCACGGGCGAGUGUACGCCGAGAUCUCGGGCAGUGUGGGGAUCAGUGAGAAGUUGGAGGUUCGCUCGUGUGUGUUCUCUCCUUUUCAGACCCACACACUCACACCAGCUGGCCCAUCAUCCGAGAGUUCUGUCCCGCAGACCCGUCCUUCAUCAUGCACACAGACACAAAGACAGACCACAGAGCAGGUGAGGACGGAGAAAGAGACACAGAGAGAGACAAGGAAGAAAAAGAGGACAGCGAUAAAGAAAGACCGGGAAGACGAGGCUGAGAAAGAGCAGGAUAGAGAAGAGGACGAGACGCAUCAUGUUCUAAAAAUCAUGGACGAGGAAGAGGAUACAGACAAUCAGAGAGACAAAAGACCGGAAUCAAAAGACAGGACGUCCAGAGGCAUGGACAUGGAGGAAAGGACAGAGAGGACAGAGACGACAGUCCAGCUCAGGUUCAGCUUCAUUCUGCGGCCGGUGUUUAAUAACUCCAUCCAGUUCCUGCACUGCAGCCUGCAGCUGUGUGGAGACGCAACUGAGACACACAGAGACUGUACACACACCGCUGCUCUCACACACACACCUGCAUCUGCACAGUGUGAGUACAGGAACUUAUCCAGGCCUGUAUUGGUCACGUAUCUCCCUGAUGCUCUGGCGGGUCUGGUGCUGCCCCCCGAUGGUAAACUGGCUCAGAAGCCUCGUGAGACAAUGAUGUCCAAGCACAGUGCAUCUAGCGGUGUAGCAAACUCAGUGCUGGUCACAGUGAUUGCCGCGUUCCUGAUGGGCAUCGCCAUGAUGGGGGCGCUGUGGUGCAUCUACUCCUGCACAGGGAGACCCGUGAAUGUACCUAGAAACACUCUCCAGGAUGUCCCAAAUUCCUGUAGCCCAAUGUCUCCACUGGAGCAAACCACCAGUUCGGUGUAGAGGGACUGGAGGACAUGAAGAAGAGGAUGAAGUGUGUGUGUGUGUGUGUGUGUGUGUGUGUGUGUGUGUGUGUGUGUGUGAGAGAGAGAGAGCACUUUGUUGACUUUGUUUUAUGAUCCAUGGAUUGUAUGAACUCAAUAUCAUGUUGGAAAGCGCCGUUAAAACCACUCCGAGCAGCACCACUGGCCAGAUGUUGACCUUUAGCAUACAAGUAAUACCACAGACAUCAUAGCACUGUUCCGUUCUAAAUCCUGAUUGGCCAGGAGGUGCUAAUUUGUUUCCUACAACAGCAGCUCUGAUAGCUAAUCGUUCGCAAGGAUCACAUUACAUGUGUUGUGGGAGGUGCUAGCUCAGUGGACUUUGAUUCAGAAGGUCAUGAGUUCAAAUCCCAGUGCGUUUGCUGGGCCUUCGAACAAAGCCCUUAAUCCUCUCCUGCUCGAAUAUAAGUCGCUCGGGAUAAAGGCGUCUACCAAAUGCAGUAAAUGUUAAUGUUGAAGGAGUCUCCAGUGUCAGAGCUCCGUACGAGUUUGAACUGAAGCUAUAACUUGAUGUUUUCAGUGCGCUUUACACAUUCCUCAGUAACGUGACCUUGUUUUACAUGAAGAGAGAAAAAAGCGACAGGGUGGUAAAGGAAGGAGCGUUUGUAGCUGCUAAAGCCUAAAUGCAAACAGCUUGUUUCGCCGAGGUUCCUUGACAUGAGCUGUAACUGUAAGUGGAUAAAAAGUGCAUGUCGUUCUUUAGAGAAUAAAAUCAGAUUGAAAUUGGGGGGUUUAUUACUCCGCCCAGGCAGGUGUUAUUCCAGCAUAAACCCCCAGAUGUUUUACAGUGUAAAUAGUGUUGAUUUUGCUUUUUAGUGCAUGUAAAAUGACUAAUUACUGCUGUUAGCUCUCUAGGUAGUAAUGUGUGUGUGUGUGUGUGUGUGUGUGUGUGUGUGUGUGUGUGUGUUAUGACUGCAACUGAAGUGUGUUUUGAAGAGUCUACAUUAAAGUCAAUCUGUCCUUGCAAA